UUGUCAUUUGAUCCAAUUCCACAACGGCUAGAAUUAGAGCUUAAUUACAUUGAGGUAACAUGGCUGACGCUUGCGAAAAUCGGUGGCAGACCAGUAAGAGCACAGUUCUGGAGAGAAACAUGCACAUGUUUAACAAUCCUGUUAUGAGUGACAUCAAGUUUGUCUUUCCUUAUCACGACAAACAAAGCAUUCCAGCGCACAAAUAUGUCCUCGCCACCAGCAGUCCUGUGUUCUUUGCUAUGUUUUACGGAGAGCUGCGUGAGAAGAAAGAAACGAUCGAAAUAGAUGAGUCUGACCCAGACAUCUUCCUUCAGUUUCUGUGUUUCUUGUAUUGUGACUGUGUGACCAUCCAAGAUGAGAACAACGCUAUCCAGCUGUUGUAUUUAGCGGACAAAUACGACAUCCCUUCACUCACGACGAAUUGUGUGGAUUUCCUAGAUGGAGCUAUGCAGCCGCUAAAUGCCUUUGAUAUGACCCUUCAUUCUUGGAAAUUAAACCAUAAAAGGCUGGAGAAAAUAUGCUGGGAAGUGAUCGAUUAUAAUAUGAAAGAAAUCUUCGAUGAUGAUUCGUUUUCCGAGCUCAGUCAUGAGUUAUUGCUAGAGGUCGUCAAAAGAUCUUCGUUGCGCAUCGACGAACUAUCACUGUUCAAAGGAGUGGAUCGCUGGGCGACAAAAAGGUGCGUAGAUGAAACUAAGGCUGUGAAUGGAGCUAAUAAACGUUCUGUCCUUGGAGAAGAUCUAUUAGAUAAUCUUCGGUUUCCGGUCAUGUCAUCUCAAGAGUUUGCAGACGUGGUGAUUCCCUCAGAUAUUUUGUCUAAAGAUGAGAUAAUCGAUGUCUUAAAGAAGUUUUCAUCUGUCUUUGUUCUCGGCGGGUUCAAGUUCUCAUCUUGUCCCCGAGUAAAACGCGAUGUGGCAAAUGAUUCGUGUGUGUUAGGUACUGAAUAUUGCUCCUUCUGGAAGUGUCCCUCCGUGCCAUAUCCGAUAAGAUGGUCUUUUAAAAGUGAAGUGCUUACAUUCACAGUGAGAAGGAGGAUUUGGUUGUACGGUGUAAGCAUGAUCACAACAUUUUUACUUCCCUUUGAAAAGAGGAAACCCGAGGUUUGCCUUGCGGGUGUGUCCGUCGCUCACAGAGGCAAAAUUUUGAGAACAGCUAAAAACCACAAAUUUAGCGAGAAACGUUGGCUCAGAGAUAGAGCGAAAAUUGAUGUUUUCUUCAACAGGCCUGUAUUUUUAUCCGAAGAUACUUGUUACACCAUUGAAACUUCGACAAAUUCCAUACAAGACCAAAGUAUCUUCGUCUGGUCUUCGUCUUUGCAGCGCUCUCUGUCAGAUAAACCCGAUUCGUCCAUCGACAAUCCCAAUAUACUCAACAAAAACACCGUAGUGUCUGGUGUUUGCUCCGGACAUUACACAGAUGGCAUCCCGGCUCAUGUUCAUUACAAAGGAGAGGUAUUGGCACUUCUCUUUGAGCCUUGGACACUGCCAAAUAGAUAGAGUUUAGGCCAAUCUUCGAAGAAUCACAUGGUGUCUUUUCGAUUUGUAAUAUCCAAUCAGUAAUGAUAUCAGUUAUAUCCUAAAGAGAAAGGUGAAUCAAGUUGUCAAGUUCCCAUGCGAAUGAAUGUGACAAUAAUUUCGAAAUUAGGCAUUCAUAGAUGGCUGAUGUUUCAUUUGUUCCCCGUAUAAUUUACAGUAUUUUUUCUUGCCACAGGAGUGGUAGAUUGAUCGUUAUCGAUUGUUACUAGAUGCACGACCUGAUGGAUACUCCAGAUAGCAAAUAUUUGCCGGAUGAAUGGUUUUGUAUCAUUUUGGAAAUUCAUAACUAAGAAGUGGUUCCAGUCUCUCUGCAGACACCUCAUUUACACCUGCUUUUGGAUAAGAAUUGUCACGGCUCUUCCGAUCGAGUUAGAUAGAAAAGAUAACUGAGUGAUCAUGGGGGCAUGAUUGCUGUUUUCAGCAACGAUUUAUUGAUUGCAGUUUAACUGAAUGAAGCCGUGUAUCUUUAACUGUAUUUUGAGAAUAUAAUGUUCAUUGAA